AUGGUGGCGUGGAGUGUGACCGUCGCAUUUGCCGUCCUGGUGGGGGUCACCGCCGACCAGACGACUUUGCAGGUGGACACGAAGCAGGGCACGGUGGAGGGCGCCCUCUCUGCCAAUGGACUGUACUUCGAGUUCCUGGGAAUCAGAUAUGCGGUUCCCAUCAGAUUCAGGGCCCCCGAGGAACCGCCGAGCUUCUCAGGCGUGUACAAGGCCGACAGCAGGGAGGUGCUCUGCCCCCAGUUUCCAGCACCAGAUCCCCUGGCCUCACCCAGCGACAACGAAGACUGCCUAGUCCUCAACAUUUACCUGCCUUCGCACCUCACCAACGCCACUCUGCCGGUGAUGGUGUUCCUCCACGGAGGGGGCUUCGGAGUUGGCUCGGGCUCCCCCACCUUCUACGGGCCGCAGUAUUUAGUCAGCCACGGGGUGGUCCUGGUCACGGUCAACUACAGGCUGAACGCGUACGGAUUCCUCAACCUGGGGAUCAAAGAGGCGCCGGGGAACGCCGGGCUGAAGGACAUAAGGGCGGCGCUGAGAUGGAUCCGGGAGAACAUAGCCAAUUUCGCCGGGGACCCUGGAAACGUGACGGUAUUCGGCGAGGGCAGCGGCGGCUUGGCCGCGAUAUACCUCACCAUGUCUGAGUCGACCAAGGGUCUGUUCCACCGCGUUAUAUCGGAGAGCGGGGCGCCGUUCGCGCCGCAGUCUUUCGACACAAAUCCGUUGAAAACGGCCAUCAAAAUCGGGAAGACGUUGGGCGUGAACACGAGGGACCCGUACGAUCUCUACGAAUUGUUCUCCGAGGCCGAGGUCGCUCGAGUGGAGGAGGCUGUCGGCAAGCAGAUGAACGCUCAAUCGGUGUUCGUGCCAUCACUGGAGGAGACAUUCGAUGAUGAGGAACCUUUUCUGCUGGACACACCAUUCAAAUACCUCACAAGCGGCGGCAUCAUCAACCCCGUGCCGAUGAUGAUCGGCCUAAACACGGUAGAAGGGCUGACCAGCAUGUUAGACUACAACACGAUCAGCAGUCAAUUGGACAGGAUAAAGAACGAAGACUAUUCAGCGUUAGACCAGAGGAGUCUAACGCUCACACCAAAAGAUCGCGAGGAAGUGAGAAACAUCCUAAUGGAGACGUACUUUGUCAACGCGACUAGCGACGAAACCGUCCUCGGUGGUAUCAUAAACCUCAACACGGACUUUUGCUACGUCGGGCCGUUGUCUUUAUUCACGCACCUGUACUCCAACGUGACUGGGCUGCCGGUCUUCGCGUACAUCUUCGACUACCUGGGCAACAGGAACCUGGGGAAGAUACUCACCAACAGCAGCAUGGAGGCCACCUCGAACCGUGACGAGCUAUUCUACUUGUUCGAGCUGGAGCGCCUCCCGCUGCCGAUGGACGAAGACGACGCGCGGAUGAUCACCUUCAUGACCAUGAUGUGGACCAACUUCGCAAAAUACGGCUCACCAACUCCUGAUUCGAGAAAUGGCGAAUGGCUACCCUACCCCCACCACCUGGCCAUCGACUUGGAGCCUCAGUACGUCGCAGAACUUACGCCAGAGCGCGCGUAUUUCUGGCGCAGCAUCUAUUACAAGUACGGUGCGGAUGUGCCACGGAAA